AUGGGUUCGACGGCGACAGAUGUUCAAGAUCAUGCUGCCGAAGUAGGUGAUUCACGAGUUGAAAAUAGCAUCAAUCAGGAGGCAGACGGGGAUGGCACAAUCCCACACCAGACUACAGCCUCUGGCGAUGCGCCUCAACUCAAUGUCACUCUUGAGGAAUCGGACAAUAAUGAGGAACAAGUUCCCCAGAUGUUCCCCCUUUUCUCGAACAAUCCGCCAGAAUCACCCACCCUCCCGCCUGGUCGCCGGGACUCAGAAGAUGAUGAUGAAGAGUUAGAAUUAUCUAAGUCUUUCAACCGGACCUCAAGCCCUGAUCCAACGACGCUCCAACGCAACAAGGGAGCAUUGGUCACAAAAGUCGGGGAAGAUGGUGUUGUUCGGAUGCACAAGUUCACACUGCACGAAACCGCCAACAAAUAUUACAUUGUGGGCUCGGAUAUCUUGGAUUCUGCUUUCCGAAUUCUGAAAAUUGACAGAACUGCCGAACCUGGUGAAUUAAAUAUCAUCGAGGAUGAUAUCGUCUACACGAAGAAAGAGACCUUUCAAAUCCUCAAUGCAAUUGAUGAAGGUAAUCGGGCCACAGGUGGGCUUAAAUUAAAGACAAGCUUCUGGGGUCUUCUCGGCUUUAUUCGCUUCACAGCACAUUACUACAUGCUUUAUGUCACGAAAAGAAGUCAAGUCGCGAUGGUUGGGGGACACUAUAUCUAUCAAAUUGACAAGACUGAACUUAUGCCAUUGGUCACUGCAGCAUCCACUCGAAUAAAGACAGAUAAGAGUCUGGAAGAGGCUCGCUUCGUUGGAAUCCUAAACAAUCUAGACUUGACAAAGUCAUACUACUUCAGCUACUCUUACGAUGUCACCAGAACACUUCAGCACAACAUCAUGCGUGAACGUCAAGGUCUACAAGAAAGUCUUGCGGAGCCUAUAAAAUGUGACCACAACGAUAUGUUCAUUUGGAACCACCAUCUCCUCAAGCCAGCAAAGGCUGUUCUCAAGACUCCAUUCGACUGGUGCCUGGCUAUUGUCCAUGGGUAUGUCGAUCAAAGUGCAUUGUCAGUCUAUUGGGGCCGAGUCGUCUACGUCACCAUCAUUGCGCGCCGGUCACGAUUCUUCGCUGGCGCCAGAUACCUCAAACGAGGAGCGAACGAUCUUGGCUACGUGGCAAAUGAUGUGGAGACCGAACAAAUAGUGUCCGAAAUGCUCACAACAUCCUUUCAUUCUCCUGGCCCAGAGCUAUUCACCAACAACAAGUACACUUCUUACGUACAACAUCGAGGUAGCAUUCCUCUACAUUGGACACAAGACAGCACCGGCGUUUCCCCAAAGCCAGAUAUCCAUCUCAACGUGGUCGAUCCCUUCUUCAGUGCCGCAGCUCUUCACUUUGAUAAUCUAUUCAAACGCUAUGGCACGCCAAUCUACUGUCUCAAUCUCAUCAAGGCUCGGGAACGAAUCCCAAGAGAGUCAAAACUACUGAAAGAAUACACAGGUGCUGUGAAAUAUCUAAAUCAAUUCCUCCCAGAGGACAAAAGGAUUUUAUAUCAUGCAUGGGAUAUGAGUCGAGCAUCGAAGAGCCGAGACCAAGAUGUCAUCGGUAGUCUUGAGGCUAUUGCGGAAGAUAUACUACCAAAAACCGGAUUCUUUCGGAAUGGGAAUGAUACAGAAAGUGGCCUCCAGCUCCAGAGUGGCGUUGCUCGGACAAAUUGCGUCGAUUGUCUGGAUCGUACAAAUGCAGCUCAGUUUGUCAUUGCAAAGAAGGCAUUCGGUUAUCAGCUUCAGGCUCUCGGUGUAAUUGAAGAGCCUUCUGUUGAGUACGAUUCUGAUGCAGUCAACCUUUUCACUCAUAUGUGGCAUGAUCACGGCGACACGAUCGCAGUACAGUAUGGCGGAUCCCACCUGGUCAACACAAUGUCUACUUAUCGUAAAAUCAAUCAAUGGACAAGUCACAGUCGAGACAUGGUUGAGAGUUUCAAGCGAUACUACAACAAUUCGUUCAUGGAUGCUCAACGUCAGGAAGCAUACAACCUUUUCUUGGGUAAUUAUGUCUUCGCACAGGGCGAACCCAUGUUGUGGGAUCUUUCCACAGAUUACUAUUUACAUCAUUCAGACCCUCGUUCGAUGUUUGGCAAGCGUCGGCCAAGCUAUCGUCACUGGUACACCGACGAAUAUCUCGAGCAACCUCAUAUUCCACCCACAAUCUGGCCAAUGGAAUAUCGAGAUCGGCAGCUCGGAUACUUCGACGACUUCUGGGUCGAGUAUUAUCGUCCGCUAGCAAUCUCGAGCUUCAAAAAACUCUUUUCCUUCAAGAUGCGUUCUAACUUGAGGUAUAUCCCGUUGGGUUCCACGACGGCAGGGAAGUAUGAUCUGUCACCAUUCAAGGUUCGCACAGCAAACGACCAUGAAUCUGAAAGCGGCGGCGACAAAUCUCACGCCCGCAAAGGUGUGAAAAUAGUCGCUCCUUCGGACGAUAGCACAACAAUCUCGUCCAUUGAUGGAAUUCUGAAGUUGCCUCCAGCCUCCACGGUAGAGCCGGCGCCUAAGCCCUCGACCUUGGGCCCCUGGAUUGAUGCACAGCAGCACCUGCACCACGUCAUGCAGAAAAGGCAGUACACUGGUAUCAUCAAAGAGCCGUCAUUCGAAGUGCACUCUUCCGCACUGCCACGAAUACCAAUAUUGCCCACAAUGAACACAAGUGACUUGACAGGAUCAUCAUUCGCGACUGGACCACCCACGAAAGCCGAUUUGGCACUACAGGCAUUCACGCUGCUGAUCUCAAAAUCGAUUGAUCCGCAAGUGCGACAGGCCGACGAGUACCAACGGUAUGUCGCGCAUCCAAGCACGAUUCCCCUCGUGGUAUCAACCGACAUCGAUUACUCAUCGGCACCAAUCGAGUUCCUUGAAUAUUUGUCCAAGACCGCUUCCGACCCGGCGGAACACAAGGUUCUGCGCGCAUACGACGAUGAGCGGGGUGCCGUGAGUCUGACUCUCGAGGAAAGAGCCGAGGCCAGCCUGGACGAUUACGUGGAGUACCUCGCAAGCGGAAACAUGGAGGAGCCGCUAACAGUGUUGGAUGAGGACACGGGAAAGAAACGGUAUAAAGCGUAUAGAAAGUGGCUCAAGGGGAAGAGUCUCUUCAAACAACGACCCGUGGUCGGUGACGAAAUGGAAAGGACAGGCGAGGCUGGGAUGGAUUCUUAUUCCACUAUUGGAAGACUUGCGGUCCAAAGUUGA